AUGGCGAAGAGGGUUCUGAGAUUUGAAAAUGUAUCUUUGAAAGUACCUAAUAAGAACAAAAACCUCAAAGAGAAAUAUAUAGAUCUUAUUUCCGGGAUUUCAGGUGAAGUAGUUUCUGGAAGAUUAACUGCUGUGAUGGGAGGAAGUGGAAGCAGUAAAACUUCGUUUCUUAAUCUCCUGAUGGGGAAAGUCGAUAGUGAUGCACUAACAUCUGGGAUAAUUACUUUUGAUGGAGAACAGAGGAAAGUAUACAAAUGGAUUGAAAGAACUUCUUACUUGGAGCAAUUUGAUAUCUUCACUUCAGGACUCACGGUGGAAGAAUCUAUAAGAUACUCGCUUAUUUUCAGAGGAAGAGAGAUAAAAGACUCCAACAUUCCAUCAAUGGUAGACGAUAUAAUCAAAGAUCUAGGGCUGGAAAGAUUAAGAGGAUCAUUGGUUUCAUCCAUUUCUGGAGGAGAGAGGAGAAGAGUUAUGCUUGCCGUUGAACUUGUGAUAGAUCCCGAGGUAAUAUUCCUUGACGAACCAACAAGCGGAUUGGACUCACGCUUGGCCUUGGAUACUGUGCGAAUACUAAGAAGGUAUGCAGAAUCAAAAAAUAAGAUUGUCUUGAUGACUGUACACCAGCCAGGAAAUUCAAUGUUUAAGUUGUUCGAUGACAUGAUAUUUCUAGAUAGAGGAAGAAUAGUCUAUGCGGGACCCACCUCUAGUAUAGAUGAUUUUCUUAUUUCCAUUGGAAUCCAAAGGCCAGUGAAUAUUUCUGUUGCAGAAUAUCUGUUUGAGUUGGAAAUAAGAAAUGCAAAAUCCCAUUCAUGUUUACUUAUGAAUGGCCAAGAAUCAACAGAAUGGUGUAAUGAAUCCACCUUCGAAAAGAAUACUCGGCGCUUUGCCGUCUCCACAGUUACUUGGAGGCAUGUCUGGCAUCUGCUUGUCAGACAAUUGAAGAUAGAUUACAGAAACAAGGUCAUGAGAAAUGUAUUUUUAUUCAAAAUGGGAAUUGCAACAUUGUUGUUUUUCUUUCUAUGUGACAAGAUGAGGUAUUCUGUCUUUCUAUUCAUUAAUAGGAUAUGUCCAGAGUAUUCAGUUCCAGGAGAAAAAUAUCUCGAUGACCUGAGAAUCUUUCUUAAAAGGAAUUAUGGAGACUUGGAUAUAUUGUAUAGCGACAUAAUGGAUUUUUUCGCAUAUAACAUGAUACCAUUUAUCACGUGCUUUUCCAUAUUUAAUGAUUCGACCUUUCUAGAUAACUGGGCACUGAUUCAAAAGGAGUCGUUUAGAUGCGAUUAUAGCCAAAUAUCCCUUUUGAUUUCAACGUUGAUAUAUGAAUGUGUAUUCUCAAUAAUCAGAUCAUCUUAUUUCUGCCUCCUCUUAAGCAUGACCCAGCUCAAAGAUGUGCUAACAACUAGGGCAGUUCUAAUGUUUAUGCUCACACCUCUUGGAAUGGUUGUCUUCAUGACAAUGAUAAAGGCCUUUUCCAAACACAACUAUCCACUGAAUAUAACCAGGGUGGCUGCAUUUAUACUUACAACAUUCUUGAGGCCUUUUUGGUUAAGCAUAGAAUUAGAGGAUUUAAGAAGCAGGUACUGGUUUAUGAAGUACUUAUAUCCGGCAUCAUAUGUGCUGUUUCUUUGCCCUUUCCUACUUUUAGAUGCACUUUUCUAUGUCACUCUUGGAGGAAGAAACUCCAUAUCAUCUGGGUUUAUUUCUUUCCUGAGUCAGAUCAAUGGGUUCGAGCUAAGCCAAGGAGAUGUUCCUUUAAGGGACUCCCUCAACUAUACAAUGACAUUUCUAAACAGAUGCUAUCUUUCUGAUGGGUUUCUGAUAAUCUUGACUGUAUUCUCGUUUCUUACUGUACUAAUCUUAUCUGCAUUAUUUCUUGUUUUUAAGUUCAGUCCAAAAGUGAGACUGACAAUGAGCGUUAAGAGUCUGAAUAUGAAGUUAGAUGAAAUAACAGUCAAUUAA